AUGUCGGUGGGAUCACAGCACGAGACAUGUACCACGGUGCGAGCACGCGCCAGGAUGAUGGGGUUCAAGAUGCGGCUCGAAGCGCCGCGCAAAGGAGAGGAGCCGCCGUGCCUCGUCGUCCGCAUCAGGUGCUCCGUGAGCAUGUCCGCCGAGACUCACCUGGUGGGCGGAAUCACCCGGCGGUUCGACCAGGAACGCCGGGUGGGAGGCGCGCGCCGGUUCACCGUCCAAGACCCCGCCGUCCUCCGCAGCGAGGCCGCCUGCCACGCCGCCGUCCGCCGGAUGCUGCCGCAGCUGCCGCAGCUCGCGGAGUACUACGGCCACCGCGCCGACGAGGUCCAGCUCUGGGACGGGUGCGUGCCGCCCGGGCUCGUGGCCGGCAUCGUCCGCGAAGUGGCAGCCGGUGGGGCUCACCGGAGCUACGUCUGCGACGUCUGGAUGCACGUCGACUUUGUGAGCGUGUACAGCGAGGCCAAGGCGUUGCUGCUGUCGUGCGAGGGCGCCGCCGCCACGGCACGAGCUGGUGCUGACAUUCUUGCGCGCCGCGCCGGGCAGUGCGCGAUCUGCAUGGAGGAGCUGCUGGGUGAGGCCGAUGGCGUCAUGGGUUUGCCCGGCUGCUCGCACGCUUUUCACAGAGGAUGCACCCUCAAGUGGUUCCAAAGGGCGGCGACAUGUCCGUCCUGCCGGCGUGACAUGAUGCAGUACCUCCCUGAAAUGUAUCGUCUAUGGCACACGUUGGAGUAG